AUGGAGCAAACUACCAGAAAGUUGCAGAUGCUGAUAUUGAAGACCGUUCGCAUUUGGUGUAUCAACCAUCAGCCAAAUCCAAUGUUCGAUAUUGAGAACAAGGGGUUAGGCGAUGUUGUUGAAAUAGCCAUCCCUCUUCAAAUCCCUAGCGAACCACAUAUCCCAGUCAAUCGAAUUGCUCACUCAGAAGGAGCCAUUCUGGUAGAUCUUGCUGUCUACGAGGAAGGUAUUUCCAGAGUCCGCCAUGCCUACGGGCCCAUUGACUUCGAUCCACUCAGCGACCGUGAUCCUAUUAUUAUGGCUCAAGAUGCGCAGAGUCUCGACUCCAAGAGGGCCCACGGUUACGCACACAUAUUCCGACAACACCAUCUUGUAUACGCAAAGUAUCACUCCCUUGCAGCGAUCCUUGGGUAUAGAAUCAACAGGAUUGUGACAGAUUGGUUUGUUAAUACUUUGGAUGUUCUGGACCGACGCCUUAUAUCCCUCGGAUCCCAGGGCGUCUUUUUUGGAUAG